AUGGAAUUAUUAGCAAAGAAUAUGGAAGAUGGUACGACGCGAACUUUCCUAUGGUGUGUUCCUCGCUCCACCGCCUGUGCAUUCACCAGAUCCCUCAGCGCCAUCGGCGGAAUCGAAGUCUGGUACGAACCCUUCUUCUUCAGUUUCGUCGCCGAGCUCGAUUCGAAGAGACGCUUGGGAAUUGAUCUUCCGACAUCGUACGAUGGAAACGAAGAAACGUUCCAGAAAGUGGCCGAUAUGCUGAAAAGUGUGUCGCAUUUUAAUUUCAAAGCAGAUCAGCUGCCAUAUGCCGCCGUGAAGACCAACCUAUCUUCUAGCACUAAUAAGCAUGUAUUUGUGAAAGACAUGGGAUUCGCCGUCAACAAAGAUGUCUUCCCUUUCAUUCCUCUGGGAUUUAAACACACUUUCUUAAUUCGCCACCCCCUUCGCGUCCUUCACUCUAACCGAAAGGCGAUGUUCGAGCAGCUCUCUAUGAUCGGGGCCCUAGAAGGCGACGCAGCCGACGAAAACAAAUUCGAUCUCCAGCGCGACGACCCCUACGUAGGUCCUGGACUGCUCUUCAAGGACCUGUACGACCUCUGGCAACAUUGCCGACAGAAUUACGAAGAUGACCCGGUCGUGAUCGAUGCUGACGAUCUGUUGACGAAACCGGCCGAAGUUUUGUCGAAGUACUGCCAAGCGGUAGGAUUGCCUUACGACGAGUCGCUUCUGACGUUCGGCUGUUCGGCUGACCUCGACGUCUUUAAAAUCUGGAAGUCGCCCAUUGGAGUUGAAGAACUCCGAAUGACAGUAUCGUCCUUUUCGAGUAAGGCGAUGGAAAGCAGAGCGUUUUUACCGGCGAACGAGAUGCCAUCACGUGACCUGCUUACUCCCGAUGUCAUCAGAUGUGCCGAUGAGAUAAUGGAGUAUUACGACGAGAUGUUCAAGUGUAGGAUUAAAGUUUAAGCUGAAAAUUAGGUUGUAUCUGGUUAUUUCCUUCCACAUGAGGGGGGGGGGGCUGAGCGAUAGCAUUUACUUAAUAGCAGUUAUACUGUAUAUGUGUCAAGUUUAAUGUUACCGACCCCUUUUUCAUGUAGGCUUACCCCCCCCCCCCUCGCCAAAUCUCCACAUCUCAAAGACAUUACCAACUGUUUUUUUUUCACAUUGCUAUUGCUCAACUCUGUUUCUCUGAACACAUUUAAAGGGGAAGUCUAACACCACCCCCGGAAAAACAAUUGAAUUGGAUUAAAAGUAAGAAGAAAAAAAUCAAACGAGCAAAAUGCUGAAAAUAACAUCAAAAUCGGAUGUAAAUAUUAUGAAAGUAAAGACAUCGUGUUUUGGAUUAUUUUCACAAAGUAGAAAUGCACAAGAUGUGCGCAAACGAGAGUCGAUGAUAUCACAAUUUCUUCUGUAUUUUAUUAUGAAACAAGGAACAUUUUAAUGUUUGAUUCAUCAUAUGAAACAGAGUUUGAUUACGCCGCAAACAUUGAAAAUGCGCUUUUGUAACCUACUGCGAUUCAAUUGGCCUUCUUGUCAAAAAGAUGAAAAUUCCAUAAAUUCAUAUAAUGAAAUAUAAAAGAAACAGUGUACAUUAUCAACCUUCUAAUUUGCAUAUCACCCGUACUAUGCAUUUUCUCUUCUUUUAGUGAAAUAGGUGACAUUUGAAACAUUACUUUAUUUUACAUCUGAUAAUUAUGACAUUUUACACAUAUUGGCCUGUUUGAUUCUCUCUGUUAAUCAAAUUCAACCUUUUCUUGGGUGGGCUUUCCCUUUAAUAUUUUCACCUUAAUCUUCCUCAAUCUGUGCUUCAGCUCUUUUUUUUCAAUAUUCAAUGCUCAUUUCCGUUCUUUUCCUUAUCUCUUCCCCUUCUUCUCUCCUCAGUCUUUCGCUGCUUUCUCGUCUUUUUAUUUCUUUCCCCCUUUUGUCUUCAAAAUCCCUAUCUAUCUUCUUUCCUUGCUCCCCGUUCACCCUUUUCCUCCUCUUCUCCUCCCCCUCCACUUCUCUUCGCUCCCUUCCCCUCUCACUGGGCACAUCCCACCCCCUCCCCUCUCUCUCGUGUCUGUCUUCCCCUUUCCCUGCUUCGAUUACCAUGGUAUCUGAAACGACUAGCCUAAAAAAUAUUUGGAGAAAAUGAAAUCUGGAGCUUUGAAGUCUCUAUUUCAAAGGACUACUCUGAGAAUUUUAGUGCCACUUAAAAAAAUGUUUUGAUAGAAGUUACAAUUCAUCUAACUACCCAACCCAACCAAGACGUAUUGUUAUAUCUUAUUGUUACAGAAAUGUUCAUUAAUUUAGCUGCAUACUUAUCAUACAUAGUACAUACCUGCCAAUUGUUCUUAAACCCCCAUUCCACAGAGAACAAGACCGCUGAAAGACCAUGAAUUCUGGUCGAUCUUUCAGAGGUCUCUCAAUGAACCUACAAUGGUCUUUGAGGCCUCACACUAGUCCUGACCAAUCUUUCAGUGGUCUUCGUGGUCUUCAUGGGCUCCAAAACUUUUGAAACGGUUCGAAACAGUCUUACAACGGUCUUUCGGUGAACAUUCAAAAGUCUUAUUAGUCUUUCAAUGAUCUUCCGGCAGUCUCUCAAGAUUUUUGCGGAGUUCACUGUAAGACUCAUGAGAGAUCAUUGAAAGACCAGGCAAAGUCCAUGGAAAGAAUUCUGAUAGAUCACUUGUUGCAUAAAAGAUCUCUGAAAGACCAUUGAAAGAUCUCUAUAGGACUACUCUAAGACCAUUAAGAUAAGAAAUAUCCAUGAGUCUUUCAGAGUUCUUUGAGGGGUCUUUCUGAGCCAUUCCACAGAGAUGACAAAUUUCAGUGAUCUUGACAACCGCUGUAAGACCUCACCAAUUUUAAGUCUUUCAGUGGUCUUUCAAUGGUCUCCAUUCUGUGGAAUGGGGACCUAAAUUAGGAAUAUUCCCAUUUGGGGGAAAGAAAAAAUGUAUUUUUUUCAAUGUUCCUAUACUUCAUUGGGUGUUUUUUGCCUCUGUAGCAUUAUAUAAGAGAUUUUAUACUGCUCCUAUUUCAGGAAUUUUCUUAGUAAUUUGUUCAUAUAUCUUGAUUGCCAUAGUUGGCAGGCAUGAUUAUAUACAGAAUAUAACAACAAGUAAAUAAAGAAAGUAGUUUCGUAUUUUUAAACAAUCAUAAAUUUAUUCCAUUUCAUUCCAAUUAAAACAACAUCAUGAUUCAGGUAAAACAAAUCUUGACUUACUGCACGAGAAUUAGGAGGGUAGCCCUCUAUAAAUAUGCCCCAAAAUUUGUGUAAAUUCCACAUUAUUAGCUGUACAGUUAUAAAUUCAUUGUUACUCUCCAAUACUUCACAGCAUAUGUAUACAUGAUUGAAUUGAGGGUCAUGAUCAAAAUCUAAAUAUUAAAUAAGCAGCAUCCAAAUUUAAGCAA